AUGGCACAGACAAACGGCAACGUAAACGGAGUGCACAAGUCCAGUGGUAGCGACAUGGUCACAAUAAAAGUUGUUGGAGAGCAAAGAGGAACCCAAGAGUUCAGCGUUAAGAAAGAUCUCAUUCGCGGCACUUGUCAAUAUUUCUAUGAAGUUUACUUCGACGCCAAAUACACGCAAAAACCCCUGGAAAUCGGCGGCUUCUCACCUUAUGUGUUCGGUUGGUUCAUCCACUGGGUCAAUACUCGACAAAUCGAUGUAUACAAUUCAGUGUACGACUUCCUCGAUCUAUACCACCUUGCCAACGAAUUCGACGUCAACCAACUUCGAGUUGAUAUAAUGGCCGAAUACCACCAACGAAUCACCCAACGGUAUUGUGUGGACGAAGAUGCCACCGAGGUUUUCAAGGUGCUUCCAGAAACAUCAUCGUUCUGCGCUUACAUGAAAGCGCUACUGGUACCUGAAAAUUAUUGGAACAAGGACGAUGCACCCAGAAAUGGAAGGUUGCACAAGAAUGCUGAAAAGCUUAUCGAUGCCGCACCAAAAACGGUCAUUGCCUCCAUAGUCGCGUCCCAUCUGGACAAAAGGAACAACGAAAUCAGACUGAGUUAUCUGGAGAACAAAAGCAAAUGGCCAAUGUCUGAUGUGGAGAAGGGAAUAAUUGAGCGGGACUUGCUUCUGGAGAAGAGUAAAAAAGCUGCUGAAGCCGAUGACGAUGAAGUGCUUGAGCUGUUGGGCUCCGCGUCGUUGAAGAAGCUCAAGAAAAUGAUGCAUUGGCACACUCGCUCAGAGGACAGUCGGGAUCGUACUGAUGCAGGGAAAUAACGGUUUCAUUGUGGAUCAAAUCAGUACUGAACACGUUCGCUGAGGGAUGCUUUGCGAUGCCGAUGACAUUGAUACAGAAAGGAAGCAAGGACUGAUAGAAAGUUUGUUUAGCCACAACCACUGCUUACAAUCUUUCCUUCGUACGGCACGAGGCUCGUGAAAAAUAAACACUUGUAGCCACAGAGCCCCUAUGAACCGGCCUCAUUAGGAUAAAUGCAAUGAUUCCCACGAACCUAGUAUACAAGACCUAUCGUUUCAUUUUCUCGUGCUGCGCGCCUGGGUAUCUCUCCGUGCACUGUACACUCAUUGAACCCGUGACAGGCUUAAAAUGCUCAAACCCAACUCCGCCAUGCCAAACAGACAGGGAACGGUAAUCCCUCCCUUGCCAUAUAUUCCCUCCUCAUCAACACAC